AUGGCAGGCCAACAUAGCCCUCACACCACCGUGGUUGCAACCUCCUCCAACUGUGGAUUUCUGUUACUGUUUCUUCAUAGUCUGAGAGCUGUUACCGCACUGGAGAAGAUGAUCAUCAGUAAACUUGGAGACAAUACUAAACUGAGUUGCAUUUAUUCUCAAGGAGGAAAAUUACACUUAGAUAAUCUGCGAGUAUAUUGGCAAGUAGAUGAUCCCCAGGAAAAGUGUUCCGUGGUAUACGCACUGAUCUCGGGCCAAGACAAUGAGAGUGAGCAGUGCAUCCACUUUAAGAACAGGACUCAGUUGCUGUGGGAUAGAUUGGAAAACGGUGACUUUUCUCUGAUACUGUUAAAUGUCAGCCAGAGUGAUGCCCGCAGGUACAAAUGCAUAGUACUGCAGAACACUGAGUAUACCAAACGGGUUCACCACGAAGAAGUAGUUCUCAGUUUAGCAGCUAGUUAUAGCCAGCCAAUACUCAGUGGACCAAUAAGAAAUACCAAUAGCAGUGAGGAAGAGGUGACUUUCAGCUGCAGAUCCAGCAAUGGAUUCCCCAAACCAAAUGUUUAUUGGAUAAAUAAAACGGACAAUCGACACCUGAAUUCAUCAGAAUUAAACAUCACCCUCCAAACAGAUGGCACUUACAGUGUUUUCAGCACACUGAAGAUUAAAGCAACUUCUAAUAUGCAGAUAGAGUGCGCUAUAAAAAAUGAAAUAUUACAGGAAAACCUCUCAGCCAACUACACAGAGAACAAGAUAAGCAACAGCUCUAACCAAGAAAGUCAAAAAGACCUUGGAAAAAAUAGACGAGGUGCUCAAGCAGUCGGCGUCAUUUCUGUUGUCAUUCUGAUGGCUAUUCUAGUUGUUCUGGCCUGCUGGCUAAAGAGACGGAGGCCCUCUCCAUACAAAGCAUAUCACUAG